AUGAUUUUCAAGGCGCGCAGAAGCGACGUGGAAAGUUGGUGGGCUCGCAGAUUUCUGGCAGAGCAUGUGACCAUGGAGGGCACAAGCGCUUUCUGGUACAGAGAAAACUACAAAGAACUCACUGCGCUGGAGCUUGCACAUUUGCAGCAAGUUGGGCAUCGGCCGAGUGCAAGCGACCACGUUGUGUUUAUCGGUGGCGGUCCACUGCCUUUUAGCGCCAUCGAGUACAUGCUGCAGAGCGGCGCAAAGAUCACCGUUGUUGAACAGAACCCUUGGGCUGUACAACUCUCAACAGUAUUGAUCAAGCAGCUGGGUUUGAAGAAUGCAGCGGUAGAGCACGCCUCAGGUGAGCGGCUUGACUAUAAAGGUGCCACGCACUUGAUCGUUGCCGCACUUGCGCGACAUGACGAUGCGGUCAUUCGCCGGGCGAUGGACACGGCUGACUUGCGCAUGAUUGGAGUGAGGAGCGCCGAUGGCUUGCGGUCUCUCUUGUAUGCGCCGUUGGACAGCUCGAUUGACCAAUUGCAUCUACAGCCCACAGGAGGCAGUGCCGUGAAUGAGCGCGUCAUAAACACGCUUCUGACUUUUGAGCCUGGUCAAUCCAAAGGUUUUGACACAUGA